CCCUCAACCGUCAGACGCAGCAUCUUUUUCAAUCCACGCCCAAUUGACCCCGCCCCGCGCCUCUCGAAUCUCCGAAUCACACAAAAGUCGUUAUAUUUGGGGAAAUGGCCAUCAUCAGACACACUGCCGCGCCGCUCCGAGCGGUGCGCUGCCUCCGCCAGCCCGUCGCCACGAGGUCCUUUUCAGUCACCGCCCAACGACUAGGCGGCGGUGCUCAGUUCGAGCCCCCCAGCGGCUGGCUCUGGGGUAUCAAGCCCGGAGAGAAGCCUGAGCCCGAGGGAUGGGAAUGGCCCAUGUACCUUUUCUGCGGCAGCUUGUUGGUUGCCACGGCCGCCAUUGCUUUCAAGCCCGAUACAAGCGUUUCUACCUGGGCUCUGGAAGAGGCCCGCAGAAGACUCGAGGCCGAGGGUGUUAUUUCAGAAACAGAAAAUGACAAGAAGGAUUCGUAAAGCAUAGAAUUUUUUGGGCAUCAGGCAUUAGAGAUGGAAUGACAUGGAAACCGCCUCGUCGCGAGGCAAAAACAGUGUAUAUGGUAUCAACUUAUUUCCUUUGUUUGCGCUGCUCAAAGGAUGAAAAUCUUUGGGCUCCCUUUAUUAUUAGAAGACGGCGAUUAAUUCACAGCAUUCACCGUACUUUGUUCCCCCCCCCUUUGUUAUAAACGUAUUACAGGUACAAGGCAACACAUGGAUCUGUGUAUAGCAUGUUACUUGUUUUUUUGAUCACUAUUUUAACUUUACAUCUGUUUACUCGGGGGUAACAUAGCUCCACUUGUGAGGCUCCUCGCCAUAUUGAAUACCCUCAAUCCAGUCCUUCAUUCUGAGAGCAAUCUCACCAGACUCCUCGUUGGCCUUGAGACCGCAGUCAACGAGGUCACCCUUCCAUGAGAUGGCACGGAUGGGGCUGACAAUGGCGGCAGUGCCAGCACCGAAUGCCUCAAUCAAUCUGCCCUCCUUAGACGCUUCAGCAAGCUCAAACAUCGUGUACUUGCGCUCGCUAAUCUUCCAGCCUUCAGGAACAAGGCGCUCUCUAGCAAGCUGCAAAACAGAGUCACGAGUGACACCCUCGAGAAUAGUUCCGUCAAGAGGGGCAGUGACAAGCUCCUUCUGGCCAGUCUUCUUAUCCUUGAUAGCAGCAAACAUGUUCAUGGUGCCGACUUCAGUAACGUACUCCUCUUCUCCGAAGAGCCAAAGGUUUUGUUGGAAACCUCUGCUUGCAGCCUGCUGCUGAGGAACAAUGCAGGGGGCGUAGUUUGCACCAAGCUUCUUGUCACCAACACCACCGGGCCAUGCGCGGACAGCGUAAUCUGUAGCCUCUAGCGAAACGGCCUUGAAGCCGGUGGGGUAGUAAGGGCCAACGGGCGAAGCAAUAACAAACAACAUAGCGGACUGGGGGGUACCAACACCAAGGGUCUUCUGAGUACCAAUCAUGGUCGGGCGGAGGUACAGCGAGUAACCCUUUUGGUCGGGGAUAAAUCGAGACUCGAGCUGGGCAAACUUGGAGAUGAGCUCAAUGAGAGCCUCGGAGUUAAAAGUAGGAAGGGCGAUACGGGCAGACGACUUGUUGAAGCGGUCCAUGUUCUUCUCCGGGCGGAAGAGACGAACCUUGCCGUCCUUAUCUUUGUAUGCCUUCAUGCCCUCGAAGCACUCAAAGGCGUAGUGGAAGACGCAAGUCGCCGGGUCGAGAGAAAGGUUCUGGUAAGGGGUAAUGCGAGGCUCACGCCAGCCCUCGGUGGCAUCCCAUUCGAUGGCGAGCAUGUGGU